AUGAAGUACUCCGUUUUCACUCUCUUCGCCGUCGCUGCCGCCUUCGUUGCUGCCGCUCCCACCAACAUGGCAGCCAAACGUCAGGCUCCCCCAAGCACAGUCCCCGUCAACGAGGCCGCCAUGACUGACGCCAACGGCAACAUCGUCCCCUUCAACACCGCCGGCGUCUACCAGGCCAACAAGGAGGCUGGACUUUAA